UUUCCGAAUCAUUCCUCCAGUAAAAUAUUUAUUUCAUAUACAUGCAAAUUUACACGACACAAAAAAUAUCUCUCUCUUCUUAAGCUUCCUUUUCCCUCUAAAAAUACUGACUUGAACACGUGUCAACGGGUGGACAACGGCGGAGAAUGGCGGACUCGCCCUCGGAAGAAGAGGCCGCCGAUUUUAGGGAGGCGCCGGAUGAGCUGCGCUGUAGAAGGUCUGACGGUAAGACGUGGCGGUGCCAUAGCUGGAGGAUCCAUGGAAAACCCUACUGCGAAAAGCAUUACCUCCAAAUCGUCGGAAAAAAUUUGAAAAGGAAAUCUUCUGCUCCGUCGAGAAAUUCUAGGUCUGAGAAAAGGCGUUCGGAGAAAUCUAAGGCUAGUGGUAGUGGUAAGGCUGGUGGUUCUGUUGCAAAUAAGUCGAAGAAGUUAGGGCUUUCUAGCGGUGGUAGCAAAGACAAGAGGAGCAAGGGCGGGGGCGGCGAGUCUUCUUCGACAGAAGAGGUGUUGCCAAAGAAAAAGCCGAGGAGUAAGAGGAUGAGAGUGGAGGCGGAGGAGGAGGAAGAUAGCGAAGAGACAGAGGAGGAUGAGAGGAUGAAUGUUGUGAAAAUUACUGGUAGAAGGAGUGAUGAGAAGGGGGCAAAAUUCGAGAGCCACAGGGGAAAUGCUGUUAAGAGAUCUAAGGUGGGUGAUAAAAUUGAUUCUCUGAUGAAAAAGAAGCAAGUUGGUUGGUUGGAGGAGAGUGAUGAGGAAAGAGGUGAUAAGGUGGGUGAUAAAAUUGAUUCUCUGAUGAAAAAGAAGCAAGUUGGUUGGUUGGAGGAGAGUGAUGAGGAAAGAGGUGAUGUUGCAAAAGGUGCUAAAGGGAGUGCUAGGGAUAAUGUGGUUCAAAGUUCUAAAAGUGGUGGUAAAAGUGAGUUGAGGAGGAAGCAUGCCAAGGAGAUUGAAAGAAAUGAAGAGAGUAGCGAUGAUGAAGAGUACUGGUUCAAAGAAAUAAGUAGUGCUACAGAAAGUGGUGGAGUUAAGUUGGAAAAUGAGAAGAAAGCUGUGAGAAGUUAUCGGAGUGAUGAUGAAGAGGUAGGAAGGCGUAAUAUGAUUAAAAUUGGUAGAAGGAGUGGAGAAUUUCAGGAUGGUGUAAAGGACAGUGAUUCGAGUGAUAUGAGUGAUGAGGAGGAGGGGCAGAAAUAUAAGGUGGAAAAAAUUGAUAAGAGGCAUAGGGAGCUCGAGUUGGAUAAGAAGAAGGAAGUUGAGAGCAGCGAAGAAGAUACUGAGGAGGAAGAGGAGGAGCGGAGUAGAGAGCUAAUUACUGCUGAAAGUAGUGGCGGGGAUAAAUGGGGGAAAAAAAAGAGGAAAGUAGAGAGGAAUGACCAGAUUGUUGAUGAAGAAGGGAAGGGUAGCAGGCGUAAAGGUGGUCAAAGGUGUGGUCAACUUGAGCUGCGAACAAAGAUGAAAAAUGAUCGGAGGGCAAUGAGUAAUGAGGACAAGGAGGAAGAUGGUGAGAAUUCGAAGAAGAAAAAUGGAGAUAGUGUGGUGAAAAUGUUGAAAAAGGGUUCGAGGACCAAGACACUGAAAGUGGCGAUGAAAGGUAUGAAAUCUGAAGAGGAUAAUUUUGAUGAUGGUGGUUUUGAAGAUAUCAUGAAAGAUGGUAAGGAUGAACGUGGUAAGAAGAAAUCUCAGCUGCGGGUGAACGCUAAGGAGGUUGGGAGAGUAAAAGCAGAGGGAGAUGGUGAUGAUGGUAUUGAUGUUGAUGGCUCUAAGGAGAAUUGGUUACAGGGUAAGAGUAACAAGGUUGAGAAAGGGGAAGUAGCUGGAUGUGACAAUGACGGUGAUAAUGUUGAUGGUUCUGAGGAGAUGGAUGAUGCUUGUUUAAUAAAAUUUGCAAAAAAGGAUUUCAUGCCUGCAACUUUAUUGAAGAGAGGACAGAAGAAGUCACGGGAGAAGACAGGGGGGCUGAGUAACAUGUUUAAAGAUGAGAAAGAGGAAAGAUCCAGCGAAAAGGAUAAAAUUGGCGAUGAAAAUGGUAAAUCUGUGUUUAAGGCAAUAAAGAAAGUCAAGAAAACUUUGAAAACAGAUUCAACUGAAGAGAGGAGGAGGAGGAAGGGUCCAAAAAUGGAAAAGGUGGGAGGAAUUGAGGAAGAAGACGAUGAUCGUACAGAAUCAGAUGAUGGAGCACACUUAAUUAGAGAAAGGAGUUCUCGGGAGAAGAAGAACUGCCAUAAGCCCAAGGUUGAUCUUAGAAGAAAGCACUUCAGUACUGAUGAUCCUGAAGAUGAUUGCCAAAUGUGCCACCAAUGCAUGUACAGCAAUAAGAGGGUUGUGAGGUGUCGCAAGGAACGGCAAUUGAAUGGCUAUAAUAGGCGCUAUUGUUAUCUCUGUAUCAAAAGAUGGUACCCUCAGCUUUCAGAGGAAGCAAUAGCAGAAGCAUGCCCAUAUUGCCGAGGAAACUGCAACUGCAAAGCUUGUCUACGAAGAGAUGAGAUACAGAAUCAAACUGUAUAUUCUGGGACUCCAGAUAAUGAAGCUGAAGUGAUACAUCACUUUAAGUAUCUUGUUCGCAUGGUUGCCCCUAUCCUCAAACAAUUUGAUCAUGACCAAAUGGUGGAAAAGGAGACAGAAGCUAAAAUUCGAGGAAUAUUAUCGUCAGAGAUAGGAGUAGAGAGGAUUAGAUGUUUCGCAGAUGAGCGUCUUUAUUGUGAUUGUUGCGGUACCUCUAUAGUUGAUUUCCACAGAAGCUGUCCAAAGUGUUCUUAUGAUCUCUGUCUGACUUGCUGUCGAGAAAUACGUGAAGGCUGUUUACAAGGAGGUAGUAAGGAAGUUGUUAUCGAGUACGCUGACCCAGGGAAAGGAUACUUGCAUGGCGAACUGCAGGUGCCUCCAAAACAAGAAAGCUUUUCAGGUUCAUGUAGUGAAUCAGUUCCUGGGAUGGAAAGUACCCUUCCUGACUGGAAAGCAAAAGAAACUGGUGAAAUUCCUUGCCCUCCUAAAGAAAGGGGUGGUUGUGGGUAUGAGCAACUGCAGCUCAGGUGCAUAUAUGCUGAACAAGAUGUGUUGGAUUUCAGAAAGAAAGUCGAGAAUUUAAUUGAGAGCCAUAGACUUGGCAACUGUAGUGAAACUUCCAAGCAGUGUACCUGUUUCGAAUACAGUGAUGAUUCUGAUAUUGGAGAUAAACAACUGAAGAAAGCUGCUUCAAGAAAGAAUUCUGGUGACAAUUACUUGUACUGUCCCUCUGCAAGUGACCUCCAGCAAGGGGACUUGGAGCACUUCCAGAAACAUUGGAUUAGGGGAGAACCAGUCAUCGUUGGCAAUGUUCUUGAACUAACAUCUGGGUUAAGCUGGGAGCCAAUGGUCAUGUGGCGUGCAGUACGUGAGAUCCUAGUUAAAAAGGGAUCGUCGGAUUUGUUGGUGACAGCAAUUGAUUGCCUUGAUUGGUGCGAGGUUGAUAUAAAUAUACACCAGUUUUUUAAGGGAUACACUGAUGGUCGGGCAGAUGGAAAACACUGGCCUGAAAUGUUAAAACUCAAGGAUUGGCCGUCAUCAAGUUACUUUGGGGAGAGACUGCCUCGCCAUUGUGUAGAAUUUGUUAGUGCCUUGCCUUUUAAAGAAUAUACACAUCCAAAUUCAGGAAUUCUUAAUUUGGCGGCAAAAGUGCCAACUACAGUGCUGAAGCCAGACAUGGGGCCUAAGACUUAUAUAGCAUAUGGGUUUGCAGAAGAUCUUGGACGGGGAGAUUCAGUGACGAAGCUUCACUGUGACAUGUCAGAUGCGGUGAAUAUCUUGAUGCAUACUGCUGAAGUGGCUGUUGAACCAGAGCAGCUUGCUAAAAUAAAAGAGCUCAAGCAAAAGCAUGAUGCCCAAGACCAAAAAGAACUCUUUGGGACGUCUGAUCCAAGUGAUAAAGAGGCUGUGGAGAAGGUGCCCGUGACGUUGGAACCAUCUGGAAGUGCAUUAACUACUGAAGUUAGUCAUGCUUCUCCUAAAAUUUCUGAUUCUUUGAACCUUCAAAGUGGGAGUAUUGAUCAUUUGCCAACUAAUGCUGGAAAAGGGAGUGGAGGUGGUGCCUCCAUUGCAGCUGAAACAUUGCAAGAUGGUAUUUUGACCAAACCAGUCACAGAGUUUGGAUUGCCCUCUGAGAGUUCCCACAUUGGCGGGUUGCUGGGAACUCAAAAGAGUGUGCCAGGUAGAAGAAAUGAUGAAGCUAGUCAGUCUAGUGAUGAGCAGAAUAGCAAAUUGAGAAGUUCAUUGACUGAAAAUGCCUCUGAAUUACAUAUUAGAAGUACAGACUUGAACAAGGAAAAUAGUAGUGUAGGUACCAAAAACAAGCUGAAUGGUUUUUUUGAAGUCGAGGGUGGGGCAAUCUGGGAUAUAUUCAGGCGGCAGGAUGUUCCCAAGCUAGAGGAAUAUCUUAGAAAGCACCAUAGGGAAUUCAGGCAUAUUUACUGCCGUCCCGUGGAAAAGAUUGUUCACCCAAUUCAUGACCAAGCUUUCUACUUGACUGAGUAUCAUAAGAAGAAGCUGAAGGAAGAGUUUGGAGUUGAACCCUGGACGUUUGUUCAAAAACUCGGUGAUGCAGUUUUUGUGCCGGCAGGGUGUCCUCAUCAAGUUAGGAAUCUUAAGUCUUGCAUUAAGGUUGCUCUCGACUUUGUUUCUCCUGAAAAUAUUUCUGAGUGUAUUCGCUUGUCUGAGGAAUUUCGGACUCUUCCACAAAAACAUCAGGCCAAGGAGGACAAGCUAGAGGUUAAAAAGAUGGCUCUCCACGCACUUGACAAUGCUAUAAGCUUUUUUGAGCAGACAAAGAGCAGAUAUUUAAAGGUUAUCAAACCAGAAGUUACAUAACACAAAAUCUAUAUUUGGCUGCAACAUCCAUGCGACAUCCAAGCUUAUCAAUCAUUGAAAGAUGUAUUUGAUUCCUGACUUCUGUUCUUCGGAUAAUCUGCUACGGCCUCAAAAUCCAGAGUCGUUCAGGUGACCUGGUCCGACGACUUGUGUCAAGCCACUGCUCAGCCUGUGACUUAUCAUGUGUCUAGAGAUAGAGAAACUUGCCGUGCACCUAAGAGCUGUAAAGGUUUCCAUGACUAGAAAUGUACCUGACAGUUUUGCGUAUAUAGAGUAAAGCCCGACUCUUCUGGACUCAACUUCGUCCUGAAAGUUGUUCGUUUUACUGGUUUAUCCACGUGUCCGUGAAAGGGUAUAUGCAACCAUGGUACGCGGGGUAUACUUGUGAAUGGAAAAAAGGGGAAAAUGAGAGGAGAGUGGGGAAGCCGAGCUGGCUGUCUUUGCAUUUUUCGCAGUUGAAGAUUUCUACGUGUUUGGGAUAAUAUCAGUAUCAGAAACCUUCCUUGAGGUUUCUUCUAAUGUCACUUAGCAUCUUGCAGUUUUAAAAAUAUUACUUGCAUCCCUUGUGAAUUGUGAAAAGAUUAUAUUAAUCCUCACUUGGUAUAUAAUUCACAUAUCAAAUAAAUGAAGUUAAAAAAA